CUCUCCCUGUGUCAAUAUUGGAACUGUAGCUGAUAGGUCCUAAUGGAGGGUUCUGGAAUGUGGAACACAUUGUGAAGAGGAACAUAUAAAUAGAAGAUGUAGACAUUUUUGAACAAGAUCGGACUAUAUAACCCUUUUUCCUGGAAUACUGUGUAUUUGUGGUGUUUGUAAACUUUUCGAAGUGCUGUUUAUGAAUUUCGUCGGAUUUUAUAUAAACAUGGGAGCGCCAAUACGACAACUGUUUCUUCUCCUAACUCUGGAUCUGUACUCUCAAAUGACGUACGCCCAGGAGUCCAUACUCAAGUACAAACUACGGGAAGAACAAUCCAAGGAAACGUUUGUCGGAAAUGUGGCACGUGAUAGUCUUUUAUAUGGAAAUGUAUCGGAACAAGAGUUUAGCCGAAUGAGAUUUCAGAUUCUUACACAAGGUAACGAGGAUGCUUCAAAUUUUCAAAUUAACGAGACAUCAAGCUCUUUGUUGACCAAAGUAGUAUUGGACAGAGAAACUCUCUGUCCUGAUGAAGUGGCAUGUGUUCAAUUUAACGUGGCAGUGUACAAACAAUACGUGGGUACCAACCAGCUCGACCUUCACCAGAUCAUCCCUGUGGAGGUCAGAGUUGAUGAUGUCAAUGAUAACUCACCAGUAUUCCCUGCCUCUGAAGUGGCCUUGACCGUCUCCGAGGGCGUCAAUGUGGGUCAUGUCAUAUUGACCUCUGGGGCCAUUGACCGUGAUACAGGCCAGAAUAACUCCAUACAAUCUUACGAACUUCAGCCAUCUAACGAAAUGUUCAGUCUUAUUCAAACUCCAAAUUUGGCAGGAGGUUCAGAUCUGGGAUUAAAAGUUCGGUUUAAAUUGGAUCGAGAAACACGAGACUUUUAUGAAUUAAAAGUGAUAGCAAGUGAUCAUGGGUUUCCCGUACGUACAGGAAGUGUUAAAAUCAAUGUCACUAUUACAGACGAAAAUGAUAAUCGUCCAGCUUUCUCGCGCGCCAACUACAGCACCACAAUCCCGGAGAAUAAGGCUGUUGGUUCGACUAUCUUAAUUCUCUCUGCAUCUGAUUUCGACGCUGGAAACAAUGCCAAGCUUACAUAUGCGUUCAGCUCACGUGUGUCACAAAAAGUACAGCAGAAGUUCACCAUCAAUUCUACAUCUGGGGAAAUUUCUGUGAUUGCACCCCUCGAUUAUGAGGUGGACACUCAGUACCAGUUCAUUGUCGUUGUAUCGGACCAAGGACAGCCACCAUUAAUGGCAUCAGCUGUUGUCAUAGUCGACAUACAGGACCUCAACGACAAUGCACCACAAAUCAACAUCAACCUCUCACCAGUUGGUACAGACAUCUCGGAGGCCGCUGAUGUUGGUCAGUACGUGGCUAAUGUGGCCGUAUCCGAUCGUGACAGUGAGGCUAAUGGGAAAGUCAGGUGUCAAGUCAUGGGCAAUAGUUUUCGAUUGGAAGAGAUCUACACUGAUAUGUACAAGAUUGUCAUUCAAAACAAGCUGGAUUACGAGACAGAAAAAUUUCAUAAUGUGACUGUAAAUUGUCAGGACCAGGGUGUUCCUCAGCGACAGAACACAACCAGCUUCUUCAUUCGUGUCCAGGACAUUAAUGACAAUCCUCCGGAGUUCACCAAACCAAAGUACCAGGUGACCAUGCAGGAAUCUAAUGACCCAGGCGCGUAUGUUCAAGAAGUGAUUGCUACGGACAAAGACAGUGGUAACAACGGACGUGUGUCCUACUCUCUCGAACCCGACGGUCUGUCCUUCUUUUCCAUAGACCCUACCAUGGGUACAAUAUCGGCGGAUGUGUCGCUAGAUCGCGAGUUACGGCCAGUCAUCAGGUUCCAUGUAACAGCCACGGACCAAGGAACCCCUCCGCUCAACUCCUCAACAGUAGUUGAGGUCAUACUUAGCGAUAUCAAUGACAACACGCCCAUGUUUAUACGUCCAAUGUUCCACUUCCAUGUGCUGGAGAACCAGGACCGUGGACCCAAGGUUGGCACCUUGACCGCCCAGGAUCUAGACGCUGGCGUCAACAGUCAGUUUAGUUUCGAUUUUGUGCCACCAAUUCCAGCUGAUUUCCGGCUAAACAAGGAUACAGGAAUUAUCACAGGCUACACAAAACUAGACCGUGAAUUACAGAAAAUGUAUAAUUUUACUGUGAUGGUAACGGACAAAGGUACACCUCGUCGGUAUAGCACCGCCCAGGUCACUGUGGAAGUCCUUGACGACAACGACAACAUCCCAGUUAUCGUUCAUCCAAAUAAUUUCAACAAUACUGUAUAUUUCCCAUACACUGUAAACGCAGGAACACUAAUCAGUCAGGUUGAGGCCUAUGAUAUUGACGAUGGUGACAAUUCACGUCUUCGUUACUAUAUUGACACCAUUGACCCACCGAACUCGGGAGAUGUAUUUAGUAUGGGGCUUUAUAGCGGUAGUCUGGUUGUAGCUCGCGAAUUACAUCUCUACGAUGCAGACUCAUACCGACUCGUACUGUCUGUCAAAGAUGGUGGACUCAACGAGCUCAAAUCUUACACUAAUCUCAACGUGAUUAUCACCGUUAGUAACAACACUGUGCUUCCGUUAGUCGGUAACGACGACACUGGAAUGAACAUUAUAAUAGUCGUCAUCAUUGUCGUUGUCACUGUCGUCUUGUCUAUAGCUAUUGUGGUCACCAUCAUUAUCAUACGCAGAAUUGACGGAGGUCGCCAAGAAAACAAUAAUCACGCAAAAAACGAGGCACAAAAAAUAAUAGCAGCUACUGCUAAAAUGCAUGAGACUAUGUCGACUGAUUCUUCGAACAAUUCUGAUGAUCCGCUAAAAAAGAAGAAUAAAAAAGAAGUGAGUUUUUCUCUAAGUGAUGAAACAGACUCUAUGAAUACUUCAACAUUGACAAAUUUAACAACAUUUUCAACUUUUAAAAAUCCUCCAACAUUAGAUGGAAGUAAAUCUAUAGAGAAACCACAAGCGUCCAGUUCACUGCUGACUGCGAGUAAUCUUCAAGCAUCAGAUGAUAGUUACGACAAAAAGUAUGACCUCAGUAAUGACAGUUACGACAAAAAAUACGAUAUCACUCGUUACUACAGUCCGAACCACCUUCAUCCACCUAGUCCGGAGACAAUAUGGCUGCAGCAGCUGAAACAGGAUGAGGCUAACCAUAUCCGGGAUAUGCUGAAGAAAGGUGAGGAUGCGGGAAGUGAGAUGUCUGCAGAAUCUGCCACAAGUGAUAGUGGACGAGGUGGUAGUGAGGAGGACGUCCACAGUAACCGCGGACACGCCUUCUCCGAUAAUGAAGAACCACGCCAAAAUAUCCAAAGUGAUCUCAAGACCUCAGACUUUUCCCGCCAAAACUCAUCUAGACAUUCGAAUGCAUUACAUUCCAAUUAUCAAGAUAUUCCUGGCAAGGCAGCACCCCCUGGUGAUGGUUACCAUAGGAACAUCAGUUUCAGUGAUGACAGUGUGAAUGCAAACACAACAGUUGACAGUUGUAAACACCCAUCAAAACUACGGGGUGCAAGUCCCCACAAAAACUUGUCUUCGUUUUCGCAAUAUGGUGGCAGUAGAUUUCGUGAUCACAGUAACAGAUCUCAGCUAGACACUCUCAAUGAAGGUAGCAUGUUCGGUCUUCAGUAUUCGUUAGCGGACAUCGAUGACACGAUAAGUGAAAGUGUUGCAACACGUGAUGAUGACGGCGACAGUACAACGACAUCCGGGAGUUACACGAUUAACCCAGAUGAACUUCGACAUGAGAUUGAUAAUCUCUUCUUCAAUGAUGUCAUUGUGUGAUGUUUAGUGUAAUGACUUAGAACAAGUUUUCAUAAGUGCCAAAAUAUUGCCCCUUACUAACAAUAUAGAUGUCCUGUCUCAAAAUGCUACAUAGAUUUGUGUCAAAUUUUAGAAAUGUGACGACUGUUUUGAAAUUGAUUACCACAGUGACUUGUCCUGACCGUGUUUGGUGCUGUAUGAAUGAGGUGAUCGUAUGAUUCCUGAAAAAAUGAGAUGGAAUUUCAAAAAAAAAAAAGAUUUUUGCUGACAGUGAUAAAUGUGCUGUUUGAAUUCUCCUGGAGCUGGUUUCUAUACUGAACAAUAAAACUUACAUUAAUACCAGUGACCUAAAAAAACUUACAAUCUUGUGUCGUUCAAAAAAGCUCCCUUAACUUGUCAAAAGUGCUAUAAAUGAACAAACGUCUGUUAAAUCAUACUUUCUUCAGCCAUUAGAGAUUGUUAAAUAGUUAUUGUUUCACAGACGUACUGUUCUACUCGUGAGGAAACAGUUGUUCCCCUUCACUUCCCUCUUUUUGUCCGAGUGCUAGGACAACAGGAGUUUGACGUUGUAGUCCCAUGAGACUUUAGAUAUUAAGAUUAUAUGUGCUAUAUUCCCAUCCUAAACUUCCCAUCUAGUCAAAAUAACCACACUGAAUCAGCUGUUCUCUCACUCUUACAUAGGCCUGUGUGAGAACUUCUUAGAGGUUCCUGACAAUUAGGAUUACCUACAUAGGCCUGUAUAAACUUCUUGAGAGUUUUCUGACAACUAGGUAUUACCUACAUAGGCCUGUGUGAGAAUUUCUUGAGUUUUCUGACAACUGGGUAUUAUCGGUACCUACAUAGGCCUGUGUGAGAACUUCUUGAGAGUUUUCUGACAACUAGGUAUUACUUACAUAGGCCUGUGUGAGAACUUCCUGACAGUUUUCUGACAGCUGGGUAUUACCAGUACCUAUAUAGGCCUGUGUGAGAACUUCCUGUGAGUUUUCUGACAACUAGGUAUUACUUACAUUGGCCUGUGUGAGAACUUGUUAGGUUCCUGAUCCUGUAUGAGAACGGUUGAUACAGAUUUAUAAUCCUCAGGGCUUAAAAAGUACCCUGCAUAAAUUAGUAUUUGUCUCUUUAUAUGUCUGUCUGUUUGUCUGUUCAUCUGUUUGUCCGAUCUUGUUCAUUCUGUUGUUUUAAUUAGUUUUAGACUAUUGUUUCUGUCUUAAAAAUAUUCAACUAAUAAUCUGACAUUAUACUCUGAAAAAGGCAACCUUUUAUUUUCAAAUCUUAUCACAAAUUUUUAAUUUGUUAGCAAGCAUUGUUAUUAAUUCUGCUUGAUGUCGCAACAAGUAGUUGCCUGAUUUUGUGAAAAUAAUCAAAAUUUGUUCUAAAUGUGUAUAAAUGCAUGCAUCUGUAAAUCUGUAAAAUAGAGGCAACGAGAGAACGGUUGCUCGCCAUUGAGCAACUUUCCUGUUAUGCGCUUGGUGUGGCCGACUUUAUAAGACACAUCGAGUUGUAUUUAUUGAAUACACACUGUUGUUUUUAUACACUCUUUAUCACAGCUAUAUUAAUGUAUUUUGUUGAAUAAUUUGUACAUAAAAUAUUAAAUUGUGUCAAUUGCUGGCAUUUUAACAAUGAACCAAAAGAUGAAAAAUAAAUAUAAAUAUAAAA